AUGCAUAUUGUAGAAGUGGAGAAGUAUGUCAUUCUUGCCAAGUAUGGCUUGAAAAUGUGUGUGGACAUCUGCGCCUUCGUUCCUCAGGAGUAUGCGAUGGGGCGCUUGGGGGCCAAGGAACAUCCAGUCUUUAGGAGGACCUUGGUAGUCUUUUGUGAAAUAGGUAAGAGAGCAAAGGUCACUGUACAUAUUUUUGAAUACAGAGUUAAGAAGGAUAAUCUUUUUUCUUAUUUUAUAGAACAUUAUAAACACCACUGGUUCCCAGAAAAGCCAUGCAAGGGAUCAGGUUACCGAUGUAUCCGGAUCAACCAUAAAAUGGAUCCUCUCAUUGGACAGGCAGCACAGCGGAUUGGAUUGAGCAGUCAGGAACUGUUCCAGCUUCUUCCAAGCGAACUCACUCUAUGGGUUGACCCGUAUGAAGUGUCCUAUCGUAUUGGAGAGGAUGGCUCAAUCUGUGUGCUGUAUGAAGCUGCACCAGCAGGAGGUAGCCAAAAUAACACCAACAUGCAAAUGGUAGACAGCAGAAUAAGCUGUAAGGAGGAACUUCUCUUGGGCAGAACUAGCCCUUCCAAAAGCUACAAUAUGAUGACUGUAUCAGGUUAA